AAAAAGGCAUUUUCAAGGUUAUAUUUUUUUUGUUUUGAUGGAUUAGUUCUGUUUUAUACAAAUAAUAUCCUUUUUGAAAAUUCAAUCAUGACGAUACUUAAGAUAUACAAAGAAGAUGAUCAUAAUUACAGCAAUGCCCUCUUGUCUUUGCCAUAUGGUCAUCAUAUCAUGGGAAGGAAGCUUCCUAUAACUACCGAUGACUCAAGAAUAUCCAGAAAGCACGCCCUAAUUACAGUUCACCAGAACGGAGCAAGCAUAGAGGCUAUGCAUAAGAAUCCGACAUUCAUUAAAUCAUCAUCGAGUGGAGAGCUUAUAAAAUUAUCUAAAAAGAACGAACCUCUACCUUUAAAUAACGAUGAUUCUUUUUCAUUAGUAAGCAAAAGCAAUUGGUACAGGGUGAAGCUAAUUCAACAGAAAUCAGAAGAAACAGUUCCCUUUAAAAGACGCCUAGUUGAAAAUACUACUGUUGUUUCACCUAAUAAAAGAAUUAAAAUCGAUAACGUCGAAGAGAGUUGCAACGUUGCUAGUUCUUCUACGAGUUCGUCAAAAACUGAUGAUACUGUUUUUAUCAGAGCAAAAGAUAUAAACUGUUUCGCUGCUAACGAAUUAGAUUCAAGUGAUUCGGAAUGUGCUAUUAAAAUUGAACCACAAGAUAAUAAUUCCUCAGAAAAUGUUACUUCUACAAACACUAAUCAAGUAGAAGUAGAAAAUAGUUUACCUGUCGAAAUUAAACUUGAACCUCCAGAUACCACUUCAGCUGAGACAACAUCUACGAAUCGAGAAGAAAUAGAUAAUAUUACCAAUACGAAUCAACAAGAAGUAGAAAAUAGUUUACCUGUCCAAAUUAAACUCGAACCUCCAGAUACCACUUCAGCUGAGACAACAUCCACGAAUCAAGUGGAAAUAGAUAAUAUUACCAAUACAAAUCAACUAGAAGCAGAAAAUAGUUUACCUGUCGAAGUUAAACUCGAACCUCCAGAUACCACUUCAACCGAAACAACAUCUACGAAUCAAGUGGAAAUAGAAAAUAAUCUACCAGUUAGUGUUAAACUUGAACCUUCAGAUAGUGGCUCGACUGAUGUAACUGCCACAAAUCAAGCGAAUAAUAAUUUACCAGUUACCGUGAAAGUUGAACCGCUAGAAGCUAAUUCAAAUAACCCAACGUCUUCUACCAGUGAUGCAAAUGUAGGAAGUAGUUCCGGUACUGCCAGAGUACCUCCUUGGAAAAUAGAACAUCCUGAUUGGAGGCGAGAUAGGUGCUGGUAUGGUUCAAACUGUUUCAGGAGAAACCCGAUGCACAAGGAGGAUUUCACUCAUCCGGGGGACGAUGACUACGACAGCGAUCCUAAUGAUCAUCGCCUUGUAUGCGUUUACGGACAAUAUUGUUAUAGGUUGAAUAUGCAACAUAGAAGGGAAUUCAAACAUUACGGUAAGCCGGCUAAUAGACCCGCUAUUAACUUGAUGGUAAGGCAAUUUUUUCAAGAUAAAUAUGCUACUUCAGAGUAUGAAAGCGAUUAUGAUUCUGAUGUUGAACAAUGA